AUCUCGUAUUCCUGUAGAAUUCGAAUCAUGGCUGAUGCAUUUAAGAAUGUCAUUGUUCAGAGUCUGGAGUGUCCUGUAUGUCUGAAUACCUUCACCGAUCCCAAGAUCCUAUCUUGUUCUCACACCUACUGCAAGACAUGUCUGAACAACCUCUUGGAAUUCUAUGGUAACGACCAGAUGCUUCGAUGUCCUGUCUGCAGGGCUGAAACCCAGGUCCAAAACCAAGAUGUCAACAAAUUGCCGACCAAUUUAGCUUUGAAGUCUCUCAUAGAGGACGUAAAGAAUCAAUAUCAGUAUUGCACACAUUGUAAAUCCGAGGACCAACCCCAAGCUGUUGUCUACUGUCAAGACUGUGGCAUGUAUUUCUGUAUCGCUUGCCACAACAAACACUCUCAGUGGCAAAACUUCAUCAAUCAUGAGGUCUUAGCGAUGAGUGAGAUCCUAUCAGGGAAGGUGUCAGUACGUAGGUACCGUAAAUGCAGGAAACACCCAAAAGAGGAUGAGGAGUGCUUCUGUUCCGUCUGCAGGAGAUUUGCUUGCUUCAGAUGUGUUGUCAUUGAGCAUACAAAGGAAGGACACGGGGUCAUCGAGGCAGCUGUCUAUGAAAGCAGCCAUAUGAAAAGUAUCGAGGACCUCAAAUCCAAAGCGGACAAGAAAAGCUCUUGCUUUCAGAAAUACGUUGAUUUCAUUGAUGAACAGAAGGAGCAUGUGAGCAAUGUUCAGAAGCAGUGUACAGACGAUAUCAAAAAAGCAUACGAUGAUUUAGUCCGGCAGGUGACAGAGAAGAAAGAAAUCCUCAUUGGCGAAGUCAAUGGUAGGACCGAAGGAGUAAAGAAAGAACUGGACGAAAUGAAGAAAUCGGCUGAGGAGCACAUUACACACUUGACCACCAUAGCUGACGUGGUAACCAGUAGGACAAAGGUACCGUCAGAUACGGAUGCUUUGGCUGCACACGACACUCUAUGUCAAGACUUACAGGAGGCCUUGAAACAAGAAGAUCCUGACUACAAGCAGCCGAGGCAGUCGAUCAAGAAAGGAAAAAGUGUCAGUUUUAAGAGAAACUUUGAAAUGGACGAGCUAGGUCUUGGUAAGAUCGUAAAUGCAGUUGCAAAGAUCAUCGCUUUGCCUAAUGAGGGUAGUAUGAAUGCCAUGGUUAGUACGUCAGACGAUAGGAUGGCAGUAGGAUGUAUUACAGGUAACAUGGAAAUCUUCUCUGCUGAUGGUCAGCAUCAGCAGAAAGUCGUCAAGGAAGGUUCGAUUCUUGGAGUAGGGUUCCUCUCUGAUGAUCGGUAUGUUAUACUUGAUGGCUCAAACAGUAUCGCACUGUACACACUAGACUACACAAAGUUGAAUGUAUCUUUUGAGACUCUGGGACACGAUGAAGGUGGAUUUACUAGCAUAACUGUAGACAGUGAUGAUCAGAUCUAUGUUAGCUACAGGAAAGCCAAGAAGAUCCAGGUAUUCUCACCAGCAGGUGGAAAGGCGAUCAGGGAGAUACCAUGUGAUGGAUAUGAACCUCAGGAGAUUAGUAGUUAUAAUGAUCACCUGAUCACCCAUGCUGGUUAUACAAUACGAUUGAUUGACAAACAAGGAGUUGUAAAAUAUAAAUUAAAGAGAUUAGGUCAUUAUCUACACGCGGCUGUUUCUCAAGGGAAUACAAUCCUGAUAUCCACGUUGAAUCACAAUGCAGGUUUGGUCAGCAUUGAUGAGUACACUAACGAGCUGAAGCAUGUCCAGAACCUCGUCAAUGAUUACAAGAUUGAGAAGCCUGAGAGAAAUUGGUACUCUCUCCAGCAAUACCGAUCAGGAGAGAUCGCUUUCUGUACUGCUGAUAGACUCUAUAUAUUCCACUGAAAAAUUGGAUGACCUCCCUGCUCCUUCUUAAUCGCACUGUAUGAUAACACUAUCUUCAGGCACGUAGGAGGACAAUGAGGGAGGGGUGCGAAAUGUGCGACUAGUCCUCUUUUAUCUGGUUAAAAACAGGCAGGCUAAACAAAUGAGAAUAACAUCACAUUUUGUUGAAAAAUGGACCCAUCCCCUAUUUCAAAAACCUCCAACAGGCCUGGUUUUUCUGUGACAUCAUAAAUUGUAUAUAACAUCCCGUGGAAUCACUUAUAUCUGAAACUAGGUGAACUAGAGUUCUGGUGACCGUUUCAGAAAUGGCAUUUCUAGAUCAUGUUAAUCAAGUUGAAUGAUUGAACCUUUAUAGAUUACAAAAAAGUAACUUUCUUUUAAUAUACUACUGAUGUGUUUAUCUUUCAAGAUUUUGUUGUCGAUGAUAACU